AUGGCCUGCAAUAUCAGCCCUAUACACAAAAGCAAGCAUUUCCCAAUAGACCAGCUCGUGUGUGUCGGUAACUAUGAACUUGAAAAGACUAUAGGAACUGGUAACUUCGCCGUCGUAAAACUGGCUACACAUGUUAUUACUAAAAGUAAGGUCGCUAUAAAAAUAAUUGACAAAUCAAGAUUAGAUGAAGACAAUUUGAAGAAGACAUUCCGGGAAAUAGCAAUAAUGAAGAGACUGAGUCAUCCGCACAUAGUUAGGUUAUACCAGGUGAUGGAGAGCACCCACACGAUUUAUUUAGUAACAGAAUACGCACCGAACGGUGAAAUAUUUGAUCACUUGGUGUCCAGGGGUCGUAUGACGGAGUCGGAGGCGGCCCGAGCUUUCUCCCAGAUGGUGGCCGCCGUGGGGUACUGCCACGCGAACGGUGUCGUCCACCGCGACCUAAAGGCUGAGAAUUUACUGUUAGACAAAAACAUGAACAUAAAGUUAGCAGAUUUCGGCUUCAGCAACGAAUAUAGAACCGGAGGAGCCCUGAGCACCUGGUGCGGGAGUCCUCCGUACGCAGCGCCCGAGCUCUUCGAAGGGAGACAGUAUGAUGGACCCAAAGCCGACAUUUGGUCACUGGGCGUCGUAUUAUACGUUCUGGUCUGCGGGGCGUUGCCAUUCGAUGGGAACACCCUCCACGAGCUCAGGAACGUGGUCCUGAGCGGAAAGUUCCGAAUACCGUACUUCAUGUCACAAGAAUGCGAAAAUCUAAUAAGGCAUAUGCUGGUCGUGGAACCGGAGAAGAGGUUAUCCCUGCGCGGUGUUGCCAGGCACAGGUGGCUGGCGGCACACCAACCUGGGCCAGGACCGGGCGAUCGAGACGCGUCGACCGGAGCCUGCAUAUGUCACACGUCUAUGUCGCAGACCGAACCCGGGGCCUCGGAAACUGUUAUGGCGCAUUUGCUCACGCUCCCCGGGCUCACGAAGGAGCACGUACAACAGUCGGUGCAAGAAGAACGCUUCGAUCACAUAUCGGCCAUCUACCACCUCCUCAUGGACAAGCUCGAACAGAGAAGCAGCGCCCGGAGUAGCCUGCAGCACAGAGAUUCCCUGGACUCGACCACCGGUCUGCCGUUGGAUCUCACUAGUUGUAAGAAUUCGGAAGACGAGGAGAUGGAUGCGGAGGAUUCUUCGAACCAGGAUUCUCUGAUAUCGUUACCCAAUCCUGAAGCGUCGGUGGACUACCUGACCGACGGACCCGAGGCCCUGGAGAAGUUCGGUGACGGCUCGAUACCAGUUCAAGAGGAGCGGACCCAGCAGCCCGCCAGCACCGGCGAGCAGCACGCCACCAGGCGGCACACCGUGGGGCCCGGCGACUGCAGACACACACAGGGCGGCGAGCUGAGCGCGUGCGGGGCCGCGGUGUCCGCCGACCUGCGCCCCUCCCCCCUCUACGUGUCCGCGCAGUUCAAUCAGCAGGCCUCGCCGGACGUGUCGCUGCUGCCGAACACGAACCUCGCCGCCAAGCUGCCGGCCGUGCAGCACCAGCCCGCGCGCUACUUCAGCGUCAAGGACCAGCACCUGCUGAAGCCGCCGCACGCCAUGCAGAGCCAAGCGUCGACGUUCGGGCGUCGUGCUUCGGACGGAGGCGCCCACGUGCCCCGCUGCAGGGAGAGGACGUGCUGCCACCCCAUGCCCUCGCAUCACGUGUCUGACAGCGGCGCGCCCCCGCGGCCCCCGGAGCCCGAGCACGGCGACGAGCAGGGCUCCGACACCACCUACAACAACAACCUCUGCAGGUACAUGAUGAACCGGGGCAGCAGCAAACGGCACACCAUGGCGACGCCUGAGGAUGCGGCCAGCGUCGCCACGUCCGCCGCCGCCGGACACAUGCCGAAUAGCACGCCGUCUUCGACUAACAGCAUCCGGGUGCGGAGGACCGGUCUCCUGACGGUCACCGAGAGGCCCCCAGUCAUAAGCCCCGAAUUAGUGAUGGAAGUCGAGACUCGAAUGAAGAGGAACUAUUUGCCCCCCUCGAUACAGUACCAGGGAUACCAAAGUCCGCCCACUCCGACCGGUUCUAAUGCACAAAGCAAUCAAAGUCCCACGCAAGGGUCGAUAACCGCAGGGACCCCUUGCCCCCAACAGGGCCCAAUGCUGUCCGUGCUGGAGCCAAUGCAGCAGGGAACGAUCACAAAAGGUUCAAUCAUGUCUGGCACCCCUAUAACCCAAUCUGGGCAAGCAUUGCCCCAAUAUCCCAGUUACGCCACAGCCAGCGGCUCAAUAACAGCCGGCGUCCCGAGAACCGACCAUCCGACCUUCAGUUCCACAACCAAUGCCCCCACAAACUUCGGCUCCAAUCCCACCAGCAUGAACUUCGGGAGUGGCACGCCCAACUUCGGCACCCCAAUGAACCAAUCGACGCCGAAUUUCUCGACGACAUUCGGCACGAUGCCCGGGACUCCCCUGACCCAGGGGUCGGUGCCGAGCGGGUCCAUAACCGCGGGCACGCCGGUCGUGGCCAAUAACUACUCGAAUAACCAAUAUAACAGGCAGAGGAAAUAUUCUGGGCCUCAGCGUGUGAAAAUCCAAAUGUUAGCUACAGUGCAAGAAAUGGCCCGGGAGCACGCGGAGAGGUACUCGCCAGUGCGGCGUGCCGAGUGCUCCCCACCCAGGGUCGCGCAUGACAUCGCGUCCGCCAGGCUGGAGUACCAGCAGCUACAGCGCGGUCUUGAGAGGCGAAGCAGUAACAACGCUGGUCCCUCGCCUCCCCUCAACGACCCGAGGCUGCACACCCCCGCCGCUUCUAUGCCAAAUUCCCCUAUCCACGCGGGCGCUCCGGCGCUGGACCUGAGCGCGCUCACGGCGGAGGCCAGCCGCGCCGCGGUGCGGGCCGUGCAGGCCGCCUGCCCCGACCACGUGCUGCACGAGCUGCACGCCACCAUGCUGCUCACGCAGGACAUGGCCCUAAAAAUCGGCGUGAACCUGCACGCGUUGUCCCCACACAUGAACACGUCCCAGGAACUACUCAAAUGCAUACACAAUUACACGAACUACACAUUACUGUCCGGUCAUACGUCGCCGGCUAGUCCCGGAUCGCCUCUGCACCAGAUAACCGAAGGUCUCAGCUACCUCCACACCGGUUCCAUAACGAGAGGAACCCCCCAGGCUUCGGCCACCCCCCUAGAUCUACGAAGCAACGUCGAUAUGGACACGGGUCAAUACCCUCAACUGCAUCCCAUGAUCCACCCCCAGCUUCACAUGGUGACGCACAGAUCCUUAAACAAUUCCCCCAUAUCAAACCCGGGGUCUCCGUUGGACAUGAUCCAGGAGGAAAUAGGUAAUGGAAGUGACAAAACCGAGAGAAACUUCCAGAGCUUCAUAUCGAAUCAUCCACAGAUCAGUUUAACGGACUGCCUUGGCUCCGAAAUCACAUUAGUCGCAUCCUCGUCGGAAGACAGCAUGGACAGCUUGGAAAACACCAAGUACCCCCUACCGCAGUUCGUGAUAUCAGAGCCCACAGACCUGGACGACAGGCCGUCCAUAACAAAAGGAAUAGGCAGGAAGGUCAGCCAAGAGACCGAGGUCCACGAUCAGGCGAAAGACGCAGAAAUGCAGUCCCCGAAGGACGAGGAAGCGAAAUUCCUGACCGAAGACCUGAACAUUAGGAGGGGCAGUGAUAAGUCGCUUGGCUUUAGUGACGACUCGUUAAGCAACGACUCCGCGAACGCGUCUCCCAACUGCGAGCAGACGAUACAGUCGAUUUAUUCGAAUAUAGUCUCCAUUAGCUCAGGGUUCAGCGAGAACAGGGGCUCCUUCUCAGAGCACCGCGAGUCGUUCUCGUUCUCGGACCGGGGCAGCUUCUCCGAGCGCGGGGACUUGGGCAGGUCCUCGUUCUCCGACCAGGGUCGAGGGAGCUUCUCAGAAAAAGGAGAAACGCCUAGAUCGUCGUUCAGCGCUCAAGGCAUACUCGGCGAGGUAAAGGAAUACGCGGAGGACGUCUACAUGUCCCGUGAAACCGAACUGGCGCCGAUCAGAGACAUCGACAGGCUUCAAAAGUCCACCAUGGAUCUGCGUUUGACUGACAUUUGUAAGCCAGAAGAGAAGAUGCCGAUCCUGCUGAGUCCCCAGAAGGUGUCCUGCGUGCAGGAAUACUACGAAGUUGCCCUGUCCACGUUCUGCUCCAAAUUGGACUCGACCAGAAUAGUGGAACUUCUGAAAGACGCCAUCAACACCAAAGUCCCGCCUCAGAGUAUCUUCGUGGAGAAGGUGGCCAAAGACGGAGACAACGGCUACAUUAAUCUAGAAUAUUCCGGUGGAAUUCAAAUCGAGCUGGUCGUGUGUGAGAACAAAGCCAUGGAGAAGAAGGGCUUGAAGAUGAGAAGGAUCUCAGGAGAUCAAAGGGAAUACGGGAAGCUGUGUGAACAGCUCAUCACCAGUUUGACUGUUUGAAUCUUUGAGUCACCUCCCGUUCUCCCCUCCACUGAUAUUUGAUUACCGAAAUGUAAGGAUUGAUAAUGACUUUACAAUGACAAUGUUAUUGCAAGUUAAAGUUUUCGGAAGUCCUGCCUCGAAUGACGGACACCCCAGCGCGUGUCCAGCGCCGCUAGUGUGCCCACACAAAGCGCGGAGACAUUGUGGAUUUUAUUUCGUGAUAAAAAAAUCUGCUGGAUUUUUCAAAUUCCUUUCACUCGUGCAUAUCUUCGGUACCGACAGCAGAAAACGUUUUUUUUUUCGAUAAUGCAACAUAAUAUUUAGUGCUGGCGUCAUUCGCUUUAGUGUAAGCGAGAGAGAGAGAAUCGUGGAAGAUUCACUGCGCGAUCACAACAAGACACGAUGGGUCUUUAGAUGGUAAUGCUCACGGCCUAUCUGAUGUUAAAUGGUUACUGCGGCUCAUAGGUCAACAUUGCAUCAAAAGACGGUCUGGUACCGAAAUUCGAGGAUUUGUAUUUCAGCUAAAUGUCAUCACUAAUUCGUGCCUUGUUUUGGUCGCGCGGUAUCGCCGUCUCGCUCGCUCCCCCCACCAUCGAAUAAAAGCGAGUGAGACGUCUAUAGACUUCUGUCUUCAUUUUAAAAUCGCUGGUCGAUUAAUUUAAACGAAUUUUAAUAGCUGUCUGUUUGGUCGUGCAUUCAUAAUGUGUAGUGCUGAACUACAAUACUAGGGAUGCGAAAUAACUCGUCAAUGUUAUAAGUCAAAAUUUUAAAAACUUUAAUACGCUUAAAAAAGUUAAAAAAAAACACAACAAGAGUACAAUGUAACAAAAUCAGGAGAAAACAAAAAAAUGUUUAUAUGGAAAAAAAACAAUUUAUUUUAAACAAAGAAAAAAAAUACAAUACCAUCUCUAUUCUGUCGACUUAAAGCUUUCAAAUAUUGCGACUGAGCUUUAAACAACAAUCUUUUGUUUGACCCUACAGACAUUUCGAAGCCCUUUACAAUCACCGAUACGACGACGACAUAUCGCCAAGACGGAUACGAUCUAUCGUGUCUAUCAAUAAAAUUAUUUAUAAAACGUAAUUUAAAUUAUUAAAUGUCAUCGAUUUUUUUCCACCACGAUUUUUUUGUUGACGGAAAUUAGAAACCGUCGCUCCAAGUUCUAAAGUGAACAUAAUCCAGUAUGAGGGUUAGUGUCAUAAAAACUGUUGAUACCGUUAGAGCAUAAUGAUGCGGUCGUCCAGUUCCAUUAAUAACGCCCAAGACUGAAUAAGAGGGUAGGCCGAUUUGUCUGCUCCAAACCGAAGGCGUCUCUAGCCAAUGUAGCGCCCUCUAGUGACCAAGCGAUCAAAAUGAAAUAGGUACGAAUGUCUCAUUGAUUGUGCCCAGGCCGGCGCCCUCUGACACUCUAGUUAGAAGUCACCAUAGGUAAAGCCAGCUCUGCUCCUAACAUCCCGCAGUCCUCAGCCUACCUGUGGUCAUGACCACAUUUUGAUGACCCGAACAUUAGUAGUGUAUAUCCACCUCGUUGCAUCGAUAAUCCUCAAUGUUGAGGGUCGUUUCCUCUCUGAAUAAUGUAUAAAGCAUUCACAUAUUUAAUUCAUUUCACCCACCUUCGUAACAAAUAGCACAAAACAACCUGCCGACCUUUUUAUAAGGUAGUUUUUUCUGAGAAACCUUUAGAAACUUCUGCAAAAUACGUAAAAAUAAGCUAAGCUCUAAUGAGUUUCAAUAUGAAUACACAACUAAGCAAUUAAACAUUGAAAUACUGACUGCUGAAUCACACAGCUCACUGAAAUUAUUCGCGAAAACAAUUCCAGUUGGCCAGUCAUUCCUGAUGCACGGUAACAUUAAAAAUACACCUUUUGAAAGAUUUAGCUUGGAAUCAAACGGCACGCAAUGUAACAAAAAAGCCGAGACGCGGGUCAAUGCUCUAAUAUACCGUAACAUACCGUUGUUAAGUUUGGCAAACCAUUCACUCGUGCUAAUUGUCGCUAAAUUAAGAAGAUUACUUAUUUGCGCGAAUAGUACUCUCAAUCCUAGCGUGUGUAUCAAUAAACACACUAACAUCAUCUCUAUUUAUUCCAAAUGGGCGAGGAUUCCACGAGGAGGCCACGUCCUUUAAGGUCGAGGCGUGACAGAUCUCCGAGUCUAGCAACUAGACGCGUGGGUUCCGCCUACCCACGCCCGCAGUGUGUCAGGAAAACAAUAAAUGUAGAAGCCACUGUAACUAGAAAUAAAAUUAAGUUAUUAGGUUAUUGAGAACGACCUCGGGCCGGUCCUGGGCAUUUCAAAGAUUUAAGGAUAAGAAGAUUUACUACCGUCAUACAGUGUUUAUAAGUUGCUGCUGGCUUUAAAGACGCGUGGGCAAGACAGAAUUGCGGUGGUUCGCUCAUUUAAUGUUUUGUCUGACUGGCCACACGAUGGAUAUUGGAGGUCUUGUUAAGUUUCUUAAGCCUUUUAUGAAAGGAAGCAAUCUGACGGUACUCUGAUAUUGAAUCGGCAAUUUCAAUGGUCAAAAGCCGACCAAAAGUGAUUCCCUUGUGCGUUAUGGUACGAAUGUUUCGAUAUCAAAACAGUGAUUAAUAAAGUUUUAAAUUUUAUUUUUAAGUUAAUAAAAUUGUUGCUUGUUUGAUUAAGAGCAAUGUAUAAACAAAUUGAGAGAAUGUGUAUGUAAACGCCAUCUAUGAUACGAUCUAUGAAACGGCGUGUCAAUUAAAAUUUGACACUUAGCUCGGCUUAAUUAAAUUAUCAAUGCUCCCCACGUGUUUACUCUGACGGUAUUGGACGGAUUGACGCGUGACGUAUGUCAUAUCUGACAGCUGUCAAACGGCAAAGAACUUUAUUGACGUGUCGGCUUGCUUAUGAUGGAAGUCGAUGCCUAUACCGGCACGUUUAAAAAUGCAUUUAAAUAAACUUUUUCCUAAAAGUGCUUCUCAUUCCUGGAUAUAUAUUUUUUCGUGAAGUUUCUUUUUUUUUUUGUUAGAGGAAGAGUGAAAAAUUACGUGCAUAUCAGAAUCCUGCAUUGAUCCUUGUGGAGGAAUUCCGUUUAAAAAUAGUGAUAAAUGAAUGUGCAAUAUUAGAUUUGUUUUUUUUUUAAAUGCAAAAGAAACUUUUUCAAAAAUAUCUUUCGUUACUUUUUUUCUUUCAAAAUCUCGCCAUAGACAUAAUAUUACGUUUAUAAUAUAAUUGUUUAUUUAUGAAAAUCCAUAAUGUUAAUGUAAAUAAUGAAAUAGUAAUAAUUUUGAUUAUUAUUAUUUUUUUUAAGAUGUAAG